AUGACCCUGAAGAACGUUACCAGUCUUGAAAGUGGAAAAAAGUUGCAUGGGCUUCUACACUUCUAUGGAAAUGAAGUCAUACGAUUGGAUGUCUUGGAUGAGUAUAUUAGUAAAAAACCCACCAGUGUUUCAGCAACUACAGGUACUGAUAAUGAUAGCUUGCUGGCAAGUAAUGAAGAUGUUUGUGAAACUCAGCGGCACAGGAACACAGAAGAGGGAUCUCUUUUACGUUAUCAGGGUAUCCCUGAACAUCUAAAUAGAAUGAAAGACUGGGUUUUCAAUAAAGAAUCUCAACAUGCAGAGUCAGAUGCAGAUCCACAUGGAACUGAAAAUGAUAGUUCUGGCAAAUUAACAAUAAAUAUUGGUGAGAAUGAAGAGGAAGUGAAUGUCCAUUACAGCUGGAUUGAUCGUAUUGAUGAUGUUUACUUCAAUGCUAUAACUCAUCUUUUACAGCAGAAGUUCAUUGCUGUUAAUAUGGAAGGAGUAUUAGUUGGACGAAGUGGUAAAGUCAGUAUUGUGCAGGUGGCUACUAGACAGCAUGUUUUUCUCUUUGAUAUUUUAAGAAUGAAAUCCACAUGUUUUGACAAAGGCUUGGGUGAUGUAUUGGAAAAUAAAGAAAUAGUUAAGGUGAUGCAUGAUUGUAGAAAACCCUCAGAUUUAUUGUUUCAUCUCUUCGGAUGUAAACUCGUCAAUGUAUUUGACACACAGGUUGCUGAUGUCAUUAUUUACAAGAAUAGAAAUGGAGGUGAUAUACCACGUUAUGUGCGAGGUCAAGUAGGAUGUCUUAUGGAAUAUAUGAAUUUAACUAUUGACCAGGUUUACUUCCAAAGAGUUAGGAGUAAAUGUAUCGAGAUAGACCAGGCUGUUUGGUUAGAUAGACCAUUGUCAUUGUACUUGGUAGAAGCAGCAGUUAAAGAUGUCAUGUAUUUGCUAGAUUUACGUAAAGUAUUAAUGGAAUGUAUGAUGGAGGAAUUCACUGCAGCUGUUGAUAUAUACCUGAAAGUCAUCAGAGAUUCUCCCAGUGAAACAAGUAAAAGUCUGAAAGCUAAUACAAGUCAUCUGUUACCUGAUGAAUUUCAUGAAAUGGAAAGCAAUUUUAGGCGACAAGCUGCACGCAAUCACUAUCGAUACCAAGGCAUACAAAACCGGGAUGAGAAUGGAUUUCGGGAGAACUAUAUUAAUAAUGUAGAUGCUGGGAUUAUAUGGAGUCGUGAUAUAUGGCACGAGGGAAGUAAUUUUACUGCUGAACAGAGCACCAGUAGCGGUUUCAAAGGUUUUCGUGGUAGAGCUGAUACCAGUCCAAGUACUACACAGGCCAUGUACCUUUCUCCAAAUCAGUGUCCUGACAUGCUGGAGAAACUUUGUGAAAGUGACAGUAAAUCUUCCUCUGAUGACGCAUCCACCUGCGACGAAUCUCUGGGUGAUGAAAAUGAAACAGAGGUAGACAAUGUUGAAGUAAAUGGUAACGAUACCAGUAAAGAGAAAAUGGAAACCGUUUGUAACCACCCCAAAAAUCAAAGUAUGGAGUCAUCAGAGAUGAACAAAGAUUCUCAGGAAAAUCCUGUAGAUAUUAAAAGUGCAGUGUCUCUGUAUGAAUCCAGAAAUAAAAUAUCUUCCAACCAGUUAAAAAAGCCACAAGUUGAAAAAAUGUGUGAAGAUGUACCAUGGAUCAAUGGAUGUGAUUCAGAUUUAAAGAAAUAUGAAGAGAAUGGUGUCAUGAGCAAAGUUGAUAGCUGCUCUACACAUGAUGAUCCUGAAAACAAUGGUGAUGCCAGUAUAAAGUUGGAACCAAGUGAUUGGAUUACUUGUGUGAAGAAGAAAGAUGACACACAUGUAUUUAGUUCUAGCCUUGAAGUAAAACCAGUUGAUGAAAAUAUGGAUCAUGACGCCCUGAUGGCCGCCUUUUCUACAGCACUUGGUAUUGAUUUUGGGAAGCUGACAUUAAAGGAAAAUGAUGUGACAAUUUCAGACAGUAUGCAGUCAGAUUUGAAAAGUGGAAAUAUGGAAAGUGAAAUUGAUGAAAAAAAAGUGAAAACAGAUCAAAUCAUUUAUGGUGACCAUCCACUUGAUUUGAGUGUCAAAAAGUCAAUUGCAGAGAAAAAACAGAUUGAAAGUGGAGUACACUUUACCAGGAAUGAUGUCAAAGAUAUUAAGAUUGUUAAUGUUAAAACACCUAAAACCAUGAAGAUGAUGGGAAGCAAUGAUACUGUAACCAUGGAAAUGAAGAAGAAAAGUGAUGCUGUUAAUGAUGCAACUAUACAGAUGAUAAAUGUUGGAAGUGAUGCUACAGAUAAUGUAACCAUGGAAAUGAUGAAAGAUGGAAAUGAUGCUAUUUUAAUAUCUUCUGGGAGGGCUUCAAUACAUCAACAAUUGACAUCAUCAACACCACAUGUAAUUAAGAAUGAUGCCAAUAAACCUGCAAGUUCUUCACGGCUCCUACAAUUGCCUGACGAUUUUAGUGUUUCAUCUACUAGUAGUAGUAGCUGCAGUAGUAGUAGUAGUUCAGAUAUUUUUACGAGCUCUGAACAUGAUAAUACAAAGAUUAAAGAUCCCUUCAGUGAUCCUGUUAUGCAGUUCCAUGAUCUGGAGACUGUCAUGUCCAAAGAUGCGUCUUGGGUUCCUGACAAAAAUCUAGACUUGUAUGUGAAAUAUAAAUCUGUGGUGGUUGAUACUGCAACAGAAAGUGACUCCAGUGGAACUGAUAGUUCUUCAUCAUCUGUCAAUACUGAUAAUAGAGAAGGACAGCAAGAAAUCAAGUUGAUACCUGCUGGUAAAAAGAUUGUAAAGGUUCCAUAUAAGUGUAUUGAUGAGAAUGCACUAGGUACCGGUAAUAGUUGGAAGAUGGGAAAGCAGUAUCAUAGCAACCAGCCAUCAUCAAAUUAUCAGCUUAAAAUUGGGCUGGGAAGAGCUUCAGCUCUGAUGUCCCAUGACAGUAUGUCAAAGUACCUCAGGGCACCAAAGGAUGUAUUCUUAAUACGAGGUAGUAUGUUGGAAUGUGAUUUCCCAUUGGAUGAAGAGUUGCACAUUCCUUUUUCCAAACCAUUGAAGAAAUCUAACACCAGGUAG